AUGAAACUCUCCCACUCAAUUGCCCUCUCUCUCGUGGCCGCCCUCGGCGCCCACGGCCUCGUCAUCCCCCAGGGGAGCGACGUCAUCGACGUCUUCCACCACGGCGCCGACCUCUUGCACAAGGGGGCGGAACAGGUGCUCGCCAUCACCGGGUCGCUGGCGAACUCGGUUGACGGCGUCGCUCCGUUGGUCGAAGCUCCCCGCAACAUCGUCCCCCACAAGUACAUGGUGGUGUUCAAGUCCGACGUCACCGUCGACGACAUUGCCUCCCACAUGCUGUGGGUGAUGGCUCAAAACUUGGAAACCGUCCAAGGCUACGACCCCACGCACUCGUUCUUCGCUGCCACUCAAGAGCAAAAGGAAUGGAACCACCCGGAACCGUUCCAGGUCGCCGGUGCCCUCACCGGUUACGCUGGCUACAUUGCUGACGAAGUCGUGGAACAGGUCCGCAAGCUGCCGCUUGUCGAGUUUGUCGAACGUGACUCGAUGGUGUACGCUUCGGAAUUCGACACCGAAAAGGGUGCCCCCUGGGGUUUGGCGAGAAUCUCGCACCGCAAGCCGUUGUCGUUGGGCAACUUUAACGAGUACCUCUACGACAACGAAGGUGGUGAGGGUGUCACCGCCUACGUCAUCGACACCGGUAUCCAAGUCUCCCACGAGGAGUUUCAGGGCCGCGCCAAGUGGGGGAAGACCAUCCCCAACGGCGACUACGAUGAAGACGGUAACGGCCACGGUACCCACUGUGCCGGUACCAUUGCCCUGAAGUCGUACGGGGUCGCCAAGAAGGCCGACGUCGUCGCGGUGAAGGUGUUGAGAUCGAACGGGUCGGGUACCAUGUCCGACGUCGUCAAGGGGGUCGAAUUCGCCGCCAACUCGCACCAAAAGGCUGUUUCCGACGGCAAGAAGGGGUUCAAGGGCUCCACCGCCAACAUGUCCCUCGGUGGUGGCAAGCUGCCUGCCCUCGACUUGGCGGUGAACGCUGCUGUGAGAGCUGGUCUCCACUUUGCCGUCGCCGCUGGUAACGAAAACCAGGACGCCUGCAACACCUCGCCCGCCGCCGCUGAAAACGCCAUCACCGUCGGUGCCUCGACCAUCUCCGACGCUCGUGCUUACUUCUCCAACUACGGUAAGUGUGUCGACAUUUUCGCCCCCGGGUUGAACAUUUUGUCGACCUACAUCGGUUCUGACCGUUCCACCGCCACUUUGUCGGGUACCUCGAUGGCGUCGCCCCACGUCGCUGGGUUGUUGUCGUACUUCUUGUCGUUGCAACCCGACGCCAAGUCGGAAUUCUUCGUUGCCGCCGACGGUGUCACUCCUAAGCAAUUGAAGAAGAACUUGAUCACCUACGGGUCGAAGAACUUGUUGCUGGACAUCCCCAACGAUGGCACUCCCAACAUCUUGGUGUUCAACGGUGGCCACCACGGGUUGAAGGACUUCUGGGGUGACAAGCCCAAGGAAGAAGAAUCUGCCACCGACAAGAUCACCGCCGUCGAACAAAAGAUCUCCGAGUUGUUCGAAGACUUGAAGGCUGGCUUGUUCUGA